ACGUACCCCAACCGAGGGGUGACAAAAGCAGCCAUGAGGCAUUACCUGACGGAAAGCGCUCGGACAGCGCUGGACGCUUUGGAGCCGGAAGAGGACGUGGUGGAUAUGGGCCCAGGGAAACAGAUGCCGGUUGUGGGACCCAACCAGAUCCUUGACAUGCCGCUUUUCGCCAAGAUCCCUUUCCUGCCUGGCUCCAACACCAUGUUCUACACAACCAAUUUGGGGGAAAAGCUCUACCAGCCGUCGGCCACUUUUGACCUGAGCGACCCCUACUGCAAAGUCAUGGCCCCCAGAUACAAGAGCCUCCACGACCCACACUUGCGGGCCUAUUACAAGCGCAAGGACAACCUGCGGAGGCUGAAGAAGGCCGGGCAGAUCACCGACAAAAACAAAGUGGUCUGCUCUUUGAAGGAAUUCAACGAAUACAGGCAGUACUUGACUUCCCUCAAGCUGGAAUUUGAGAAACACUACAUGAGAGAACAAAAAAUGCUGGAAAAGCAAGUCACUAAGCUGCAAGAGGCCAACCUUCUCCCUGAGGGUGCAGACACCUCCAAAUAUCGAGACUGGAUGCUGAAGGAAGAAAGACCCACCAUCCUGGAGCAAGAAGCUGUGAUGAGGAACCGGUAUUUGGAGCUGAUUAACCAGGAAUUGGAAAAACUGGAGCAGCUUGCCGAGGAGAAUCGGCACCUCGCCUUAGCCCAGGACGAUGCCAAGAAGCAAGGGUCGGAGAAGAGGAGGCAGCUUCUCCUCCGGAAGAAGAUGGAAGAGGAAUGGCGGAAAAAGGAGAUGAUGCUCCUGAUGAAAAUCGGCGAUGACGUGAAGCGAGAAGCCAAGAUCGAGGAGCAGCGCCGGAAGAGCAAGGAGGAGAAGCUGAAGCGGAAACAAAACAUGCUGGAGAAGAAGAUGGCCCACCACCUGAAGAAGCUGCAGGAGCAGUUCCAGAGGGAGGGCUUCUUGCCUCCUGGCCGGCUCUUCCCCGGAGCAGCCCCUGAAGACCAUGGCCCCCCAGCUAAAAGACUAGCGUCCAUGGGCAAGAAAAGUAAAGACGACACAGGGAAGGCAGCACGCCCAGACCAGAAGCUGGAGGGGCUCCCUGAGGACAAAGGACCUGGGCUCCCUGAAGGAGGCAUCCCUGCCCGGGAAACCAGCCAAACUUCCCUCUCCAAAGCACAGAGCAGCACGAAGCCGUCCCUUGUGAUGCUGCCGCCUGAGUCUGAGGCGGUCCCCCGCAAGUCUGCCUCCUCCCACGAGCAAGAAACGGUCCUGGACGAGCAGGAGUCGAGCAAAAAAGAAGACUUGGUGGACUCGGAAGCAGGCGAAUCUCUUCUCCCUCCAGGCUUCGGCAGCAAGGUCUCCCUCUCCAGAGCGAAGGAGGGAGGGUCUGUAGCCAGCCUUGCUGGUGGCAGCCUCAACACCCAGUCGGCAGACCUUGGCCCGGGGGCUGCAGAAAGCACAGACGACCAAGUGGCGCCCUCCGCCUCCGGGGCAGCCCUCAGCACCGGGGGCGCAGCCUCAGCCUGCGGCUCGGCGGCCGGGGGUGGCAGCAAGACGUCGUGUUGCGGUUCGGCCGGUUGCGGAAGCAAGACCUCCUGUUGUGGGUCAGCCGGGUGCGGAAGCACCAAGUCGUGUUGCGGGUCGGCCGGAUGCGGGAGCAGCAAGAAGUCCUGCUGUGGGUCGGCCGGAUGCAGAAGCACCAAGUGUUGUGGGUCGGCCGGUUGCGGAAGCAAGACCUCCUGUUGUGGGUCAGCCGGGUGCGGAAGCACCAAGUCGUGUUGUGGGUCGGCCGGUUGUGGAAGCAAGAAGUCCUGCUGUGGGUCGGCCAGAUGCGGAAGCAGCAAGAAGUCCUGCUGUGGGUCUGGCGGUUGCGGAAGCACCAAGUGCUGUGGGUCGGCCGGUUGCGGAAGCAGCAAGUCGUGUUGUGGGUCAGCCGGUUGCGGAAGCACCAAGCUGUGUUGUGGGUCGGCCGGUUGCGGAAGCACCAAGUCCUGCUGCGGUUCUGGAGGAUGCUGUAGUAACAAGUGCUGCGGUUCAGCUGGAUGUGGCACCAGCAAUGGGAAAGGAACCGGCGGCUCUGACUCCAGCGGGAGCAGCAGCAAACACAGGGCCGAUGGGAGGAACAGCAAGAGGCCUUUCUCCUCAUCCAACGGAGCCCAUCAGCCCAACCGGACUCCGCCAAAGGCUUCCACCAAAAUGACCAUGUCUUCGGCCGUCUCCCAGCACACAGUCAGCGAGGGGCCUGGCAAAGUGAAGCAUAAGAAGAGAGCGACCCUGAUGUUUUCCCAGUGUGAGCCGGAAACUCUGCUCAAAGAAAGGAGCUCGAGCAAGAAGAGGCGAGUGGAUAAGCAUAAAGCAGAGCACAGAGCCUCAACCUCCCAAGAAAAUGACUCGGAAUCGUCAUAUUCUGCGUACCUCCAGCGCCUUCUGUCUAAUUCAGACAACUCAGCGCUUCGAGAGAGCUUGAAAGGGAAAGUUUCCACCUCUGAGCUCAACAGCAUCAUCCAGAAUAUCAUGACGUGGGUUGUGUCCGCUGUCACCAGCAUCCUCUAUCCAGCCCUGACCAAGUUUGAAGAGCGGGUCAGGACCCGGGUGUACACCAUCUCGGAGGAGUCCAUCUUGUCCUCGGACAACUCCAGCAGCUGCAGCACCUGCAACGAGGACUUCUGUAGCGCGUACGGAUCCCUCCCUUGCACCUCUGCCAGGAAAGUCAGCUUCACAGAUACCACCAUCAAACCCACGGCCAGCUCAGCCAGGGAGUUCCACGCGGCCAGAGGGAAACCCACAUCCCUCCUCUCUUCCAAGUCCUCCUUCACCUCCUUCACCAAGAGCACACACAUCUCUUUGGACAGCGACCUCUUUGUAGGGAAGUUCAAGAGAGGGAAGGCGGCCAUCUUGUGGACUCCCUCCAAGCACAGCGGGCUGCUGUCCACCACCACCACCAGCAUGAGGAGCUCCAAGUCGGACACCCACCUUGCCGAAAUGCAAAAGGGGGCUGCCGAGGCCCCUGAGAAACCCAUCGCAGCUUCUUACCACAGCAAACACAAGUCCACAUGGCCAAGAGGACUGUUUUCCAAAACGGAUGCUGCCACCACCACCACAGCCACCACUUCUACCACGGACCUGGAUCAGGUGCCUUUCUCUGGAGGAGAACACAAGCCCCCUCAUGACUCCUCGGACCAAAGGCAAAGCAUCAACCUCAAGGAUGUGGAGAGCAUUUUUGCGGACCUGAAGUCUCCCCUGACCCAAAUAACCGCCACCGUUCUCGACGACAUUUUCAAACAGAUCUUAGGCGACUUGGGCUGCUCCGCUUGCUCUGUUUCCCUUUCGGUGGAGAUCCUGCUGGAAUCCAUCUCAGAGAACCUGUUAGGCAGCUCUCCCCCUGGCUCUCCGGCCACAGGAUCCGUCUCCCGGAUUGCCAGUUUUGUGGCCAAAGACCUUGUAGAGAGCGUGCUGGGCAAACUGCAGUCCGUGGCUCAGAAGACGUACGUGGAGACCAUCUCCAAGGAUGACUUUGCUGCCAAAUGCAAAGACAUGUGUGUUGUGGCUGCUGGGAGUCACACCCUUCCAGACCUGGCCUUCUGGAAGGACCGGAUGCCCCUCUCCCUCGAGUUCAUGUGUGGAAUAGCCGAAGAGAUCGUCCAGCUGAUUCUCGACAAACUGAAGGCGUUCGCUCUUUCGAGCCAAACCAAAGUCUCCCAGUUUGAGCUCUUUGCCAAAAUCAAAGCCAUUGGGAUACCCCUGGAGCAGAUUUAUGCCGCAGCUUCACCCCAUACUGUUGAGUCCGAAGCAGCUGCUGCCAUUGUCAAAGAUACGGUCCGGAAGAUCGUUUCCAAAACAGUGGCUUCGUCGGAGACAAACAUCCUCCAAUAUGUGGAAGAAAUGGUUGCCAGCAUCUUAAGCUAUCUCCAGAGGUGGCUGAGUCAAGAGGGGACACCUCUGGCCCGAGAAAGCUCGAUUCUCCUCCAGCUGAUUAAUGACGUCUUCAACAGUUUAAGCACGGAAAAGCUACAGGGCAUUUAUCCUGCAGCGAAAGGCAGGGCGAGUUCCAAAACACCAGGAGAGCAUCAUAGCCCCGAAACCGUGGCGGCUCCUGAGACCCGAGAGACCACAGUGACGACCACCACACUCUUCACAGCUGAGAUGAUGAUGAGAAAACCGUUUUCUCCCGUCAAUGUUCCCGGAAUGGUGGUUUAUCCGGAAGCAGAAGUGGAGGAGGAAGAGGGCGGAAGGCAUUCCUCGGUGGCCAAGGAGCGAAAAGUUUUGGUUACAGAAGAGGAGGAAGGGAAGGUUCGCUGCAAAAGUGUGGGCCUCGAGUCACGACAAAGGAGCAGGCCUCAUCCCGAAGAUGAAUUUCCGGACCCAGAUGGGAAGACCGAACCGAAUCAUGUGGAAAAAAUGGAAAGCUGUUUGGAAAAUUUCGUCCAGGAAGCCAUCUUCUGUUCUCUUGAAGGACAGCAGACCGUUGACCUCUCCUCAGGAGCAAAAGGCGCAAUAGGGCCUUUGGAGCAGGCCCUGAAAAAAAUGGAGGAAGACCUGAAGGAGGGAGAGGGCUCUCCGAUCAUCUCCCUCCUGAGGAAUGUCUUAAACGAAAUGUUUCAGCGUGUUUGGGCCGAGCAACCCCUUUGGCCCUCCACUGCCACUACUCCUUCCUCCCUUGUCCAUGUGGGCCUCAGUAGACAACAUCUGGAAGAUCAGCCACCCUCCAAAGGACCCCGGCCUGAGUUCAGCGGCUGCCCCCCAGUUUCUGAGGCAGAUAUCCGUGGUUUGGCCAGCGAUCUGGUCAAAACCGCCUUCCAGAAGAUUUCGCAGGCCACUCAGACAGAUCCACAAGACCUCCGAAGCAGACACUCGACUGUGGUUAUCACCGAUAUCCUGCCUCUGAAAGAGCCCACCGAGGCGGGCAGAAGCCUCCCGACUGUCCACUUCAAAGACCCAGAGAUGACCUUUGAAUCCGGGGGACACCCAUCCGGGGGAACACAGCCCACCACCCCUCAGGAAGAUCCAACCAAGGCUGGCCAGCCUGAGCAGAACCCUCUGUCCAAACCAGACCUAGCCAGAGAUUUGGUGGAAAUCUUUAUAACAAAACUAGAAUGCUUCGUCACAUCCAAAGUGGAAUCGCAAUUAGGCCUGGAUGUGCAGAGCCUGAAAACCUCAGCGGGUUCAGACGUAUGCUCCGCCAUCCAGCAAGAGCUUCAGAGAAUCCUGGCCAGUCGGCACGGCUCUUUGCCGAGCUGUUUAGAAGAGAUCUUCAACUCGUACAGUAACUCCCUUCUAGCGGAAAAAGAGAAGCCAGAACAUGCCCUUCCACUGUCGUACGCCAACUUAAAAUCGUAUGCGGAGGAAGUGGCAAGGACGAUGCUGAAAAGCUUGAAGCAUAAUUUGGAUAAAGAAGUGGAGAAGAUCCCAACCCCACCUGUCAUCUUCUCCGAGAGCAUCGUGGCCAGUCACAUUGUCAGCAUGGUCUUCACCAUCGUGGCUCCCCGGGAACACGACAACGAGGAAGCGCCAAGCCACUUCCUGUGGGGAGAGAGUGUCUUAGAGAAACUUCUGAGGAAAAACGCCACUUACAAGAGAAACCUCCAAACUCAGAUCCAAACCACAGUGGAAACCUUUUUGAAUGAGAUCUACCACACCAUUAUGUUGGGGUUGGGUGGUUCCUCCUCUCCACGCUCUGGUCCUGAGAAAUUCCAGAACCUUCCAGGGGAAAGAUCACAGGUUCCUAAGGCAGGAGAUGACCAAGCCCUGCCGACAACUGCCAUGGUGAAAUCGGACGUUUCAGUGGUUUCCAGUGACUUGGUGGACAUCAUCCUUGAAGAUCUGAGUUUUGGUCUUGCAGCCGCUCUGCACAAGAAGGGCCCGCUCUCAGCCCGUCUGCAGUCUCUCCUCUUUGAGCUCAUUCAAAAGUCGUUUGAACCUUUCGCACCUCUGACUGACCGGAGGGCCAAAGUUGGAAGCCAGGGGGAAGCCGGUCCCCAGCAACUUCCAGAGUUAAGGGACUUUUCCCCAGAAGGCAUUGCGAAAUACCUGGUGGAUAACAUUUCUCUCCGUCUGGAAACGUUUGCCGAAGAGAAGUUGGAAUCUCAGUUGUCACUCAACACCCAUCUGGAGGAGAGUCGGGUCCCGGGACGGAGCUGUCGUGAGAAGGCAAAGCUGGCUGUUCAGGACUCCCUGUCGAAUUUGAGGCUCUGUGCAGAAAAACUCACCUCCACCAUCCUGAAAAUCAUCCAGAAGGACCUGGAAAGGGAGAUGCUUUCUUGCCAAAACCUCCUCCCCUACGAAGACAGCGCCUCUGCAAAUGAAAUGGUGAACGACCUCCUCAAGGUCUUGUCUGUCCAAGUCGCUUUGACCGAAAACGAGGUUCACAAAAGGGUCUUGAAAAGGAUUUUUAGGAGGCGGCAGCCAAGAGAGAGAGGGGCAUCUCCCUUGCUGGCCGGAGUGGAGGACGUACUCAACCAGGUGACGCAAAGGAUCAUGGGCAAUCUGGGCCAUUGGCCAGGUUUCCAAAAUGACUCCCUGUUUAUCAGCCCUGAUUCUAAGUCCUCGGCCUACCAGGGGGUGGCAGAGACGGUCUCUCAGAUGAGCGCGGGUGGCGUGGCUGGUGAGAUUGUGGAUGGUGUCCUGAAUAAGAUGUACAACGUUGUAGCGGACACUCUCUUUAGCUCCAGUGAAUCAGGGUCAGGAGCGGACAGUCUGAGCAGCGAUAAAGCCCUGUGCUCCACAGAAGCACCUCGUCUCUCUGGAAAACCGGAUCUCCGGAAGAUGACGUUGGCCCUGUCACAGCUUCAGCCUCCGCCACAGUCCUUGGGGGAAGAGCUGGUCCAAACGGUGUUGAACAGAAUUGCCUUGUUUGCUGCCUCCAAUCUGGAAGAAGUCCUGCCGUCGUCCGUGCGACAAAAACGGAAACGGCACGCCACCUUUCGGUGCGACAUGCAAGCUGGUGAUGGGCUUCCAGGCCAGCCUCAGUCCUUCUCAGACGACUCUGAAAGUUCCCUCAUGAGAGUCAACUUAUCCAAAUCCGACUUGACAGUUUACGCCAAGGACGUGGUUGGGAAAGUUUUGGGGACCCUCAUGGAUGAAUUUAAAGCCGAAGAUUACCACAGGACAACCCUAAGGGUCAACACGUUGUCUUCUGAGCAGAUUUCCCGCGCGAGCAACCUUGUCCAUUCCGUGGUCCAAGAUCUGCGUGUCACCCAGCAUGACAGAACGGAUGGCCUUCCUUCGACCCAGAUAUCCUUUCAGUUCGAAUCCACUGUGAAGGCCCCUCAGGGGAAACCCAAGGGCUUUUUUUAUGAGGACUUCGCCGCCUACCUCAAGCAAGUCCUCCCCAAGGAAGGCAUUUUAAAAGACAUCUUCGAGCAGCAACCCUGGACGGACGCCAACAUCAAUGAAAGCCUCAAAAUGCUACAAGUGGCGGAGAACAUCGUUAGCGAGGUUUUCAUGAGAAUCCGUGAUCUGGAGCCGUCUGUUUGUAUCCUGAAGAAGAUCCCGGGCGAGCUCAGUGAAAGGCUAUUUUGCGACCACUUCAAGAGGGCGGAAGCGCCAGGCCUCUUCCACAGUGACUCCCAGACGGAGAUUGGAUCCAUUGCUAGAGACAUCGUGGCCAGCGUGUUUGAAAACGUCCACAAAUGCUUGGCGUGCAGCGUUCCUGCUGGCCCAGAAAAGGACACUUUCCUGCGAAGGAAGGACCGGACAGCGCUUAGAGGAUCGGGGAGAGUUCACAAGCAUCGCUUUACUCAGCCGGAAUUUCCUUUCUACAACGUUUCUCUAAAAGGUGCCAUGGACACCAUCGACAAAAUAGCCAAAGAAACGGUGGAGUGUGUGUUGGUCAUGUUGGAGACUUUUGUUGCCCGGCAUUUUAGACGAGAUUUCAAAUGCAACUUUUUUGAGAUUGUGAAAUUCCCCUUAGAAAGCCUCUCUUUCGCACAGCUCACACGAUCUUUGGAUUCCCUGUCGACGCAGGUAGGAAAUGUGGCAGAAACGACGAUGGAAGCCUUUAGGAACAAGCUUCAAGGAUCUAUAGGGAAAGGAACCCUGCCUACUUUGGGGUCGGCCCACAACUUCCUGGACUUCUCCAAGCUAGGAGGCGCCAUCACCCGGGAGUGCGUCGAAAUGGCCCUCCGGCAGGUCCAGAUGCUUCAAGCCGAGCUGGGCGUCUACGCCAACAAUGCCGUCAGCGGCAUCCUUGAAAUCAUCAAGCGUACGCUGGACCGGGAGCUGGUCCAGAAGGAAGCCACCCUGUUCAGCAGCUCUUCAGAAAGCCUGGUGCUGAGCGAGACCGUCAGCGUCAUGCUGGAUCGCUGCAACGAGAGCUUGACGGAAAUCACCUCAGAACUGAUGGUUGAGAACCUCCAGCUGGAAAUGUCAGGGCGAGCCUUUGCAAGGGACAAAACCCUCGUUCAAGAUCUCGCCGUGUCCCCUGUCAAAACGACCUCCAAGAAGUACAGGAGGAUUGACGUGAGGGAUACCUUCCCACCAAUCAACGUGCCCGGCAUGGUGGUCUACUCAGAGGAAGAGGCUGAAGUGCAGGAGGAGGUCCCUUCCAAAUUUCCUUCCGUGUACAAAUCAUCAGAGUGGGAUGUCCAUUUUCCCCCCGACAGGUACAAAUACACAUCCUUUUCUGCAGUCACCCCCUGGUCGAGGCCUCCCGGGAGACGCAGGCAGAACAGAGGCUCAAACCAACACAGGCUCGAUUUUCUGGAGGACGAAUGGCUUCCGAGGGAAAGUUCUAUCCCUGAAGGAAGUGUUUUGGAAAAGCUUUUCAAGAAAGCAGCAGAGUCCGAAGCCACUCCCGGGCUCAGCAAGGCAGGCCCUCAGAGCAAAGGGGGGCUCGCUCACCACCGUCCCCGCCAAGAAAAACGGGCCGAGCCCUUGGGAAGAGGCCCCGCUCUUCGGAUUCCGGACAGCACUUGCUAUUCUGCUAUCUGCCCGCUGAAGCUGGGCCAAACCGCCGAGACGAUCGUCAGCACCCUGCUUGGCGAGCUUGGGCUCGAGAACGAGUCCCAGAAAGUCAGACCUCUUUCCCACCGGAAGGAGAAAUCUCCUCGACUGGGUGCUUCCGGCUCUUCCGUCUUGGCAGAUGCCAAGCAGAAGAGGGCAAGCCUCUUGAACCACUGGGAGAAAAGGCAGGGGGAUUAUUCCAGUGAGGAGACCAACGGCAUGAUGAUGGAAAGCUGCCUGGUCACCCGGGAGGGAAGCAGCCUACUUUCCAAGUGGGAGAGCAAGCAGUUUGUCUUCAGGCCCAAGAGUCCAGAGAGACACAAGGACCUGGCACUCCUGGCCUGCUCUCACAUCCCAGACCCCUGCGAGAUCCAUCUGCUGGCCAACCACAUUGUCCUCAGUGUCAUCAAGGAGCUCAUUAGCUUCCGGCCGAAAGAUGCUUCAGACGAGACGGCCUCUUGGCCAGCGUGGAAACAGGAGUUGCUUCAGUCUGAGUCGAGGUGGCUUCAGGAGCGUAUCUGGAGAAGCUCCUACUUCGCAACAUCUCGGAAGCCCUCCUCCUGCCUUGAGGUACUCUGGGAGCCUUUGACCCUCACAGUCGUUUCCAACGUCCUCUUAACCAUCUCAAAUCCCAGCAUACGAUACAACGCCCGAGAAAGAAACGAAUUAUUUGAGAACCACCUUUCCGUCUUCUGCUCUGUCGAUGCCAGCUGCCCUGAAGAUGGCCCAGACAGGGGCCCCAAGAGCUCUUUCGUUAACAUCAAGGAACUGGCCUUCCAGAUUUCUGAGGUGAUUGUCGGGACCCUCUGCGAGCGAAGAGUAUUGCACGAGGGCGUCAGCAAGCAAGGCAGCAGCCGGACCAAGAGGUCCAAGUACAUUUAUAUCCCACCCCUCUGCCUGGCGGACUUUGACGACGUCUACCAUCUCCUCGUGAAGGAGGUGGGCCACCUUCUGUGCCUGGAAACUGAAUGGAGAGGGAAGUUUGGGGAUUCAGGGAGAGCGGGAGACCGCCUGCUUCAGCGGCACGACAGCGUUUCUCCGGUGUGCUUUAGCCGGGCUUCCCGAGGGGACUGCCGAGGCCCUGAAGAUCUUAGCGGGGCGGCCUGCCUCUCUACCAUGCAUCAGCUGGCCUGGAAGAACCCCCGUCUCAGCUCCGUGGCCUCUAACCUAGACAGCUUCAUCCGUAGCUUGAAAUCGGGCGAGUCCAAACGCCUGGUCAACAAGGUUUUGUGCAUCAUUUUAGAUUCGCUCUGGCCUGACCAGUCACAGGGAGGUUUCUCUGGGUCCUUCUGGGACACCCAAAAUAAGAUGCCUUAUCAAGAGGCGGGCCUGCCCUCAAAGAAAAACAACCUGUCUUCCUCUGUGUGCCCACACGCUUCCAAGCUUAGUCACAACAUGUUGAGCGGCAACCUGGGACUCUCCCCGAAAUCGGUGGUCCUCUUGGAUGUUGUGAGUGAGAAGCUUAUCCGGUCCCUUCUGGACAAAUGCCUCAUGACAGACCACUUCACUGGCCCUUUCGCUUUUGAUGAGUUCCCGGAAGAGGAACAACUCUAUGACGUCAGGAAGGGCACUGGCGCCGAGGAGCCCUUCCCGUACUCAGGAAGAGAGCUGGAAGCCCACCACGUGGACUCUAGCACCUCCGUUUUCUCGUACAACAUUAAGUACACGGAGGAGCCGUGGGUCGAGACGCAGUCCAGGCCCCCUUCCUACGAAUCUGCCCUGGACAUCUUGGCUCACACCUUAGUGAAGCCUGUGAUGACAGAGCUUUCCCUCAGCCUCGACCCACCGGCCUAUAUGAAGCCUUUCUCCAAGAAGGCAGUCGGGUUCACCCAGCCGAGCUCCCGAAAGGCCCGCGGGCACACUUUUCCUAAAAAGCACGGGCGGCACGCGAAAAGCGGAGCGUAUUCCUCCUUGCCUCGUGGCAGGAAGCUGGAACCCAAGGGGGCCUUUCCAGGAAGGGGUCCCAUCCGGAGGGGCGCCCACGAGAGGAACAGGAGCAUCCUGGACACGGCUGUGCAGCACAGAGCGUUCGAUUCCCGGCGAAUGGUGCCCACGGGCCCGCCAGCCGCCAGGAAGCCUUUCUCAAGCACCUGUACCAAGCAAACAUAUCGAAGGGAGGUGGUGACCGUGACAGGACACGGGGACCACGGCCGACGCCAGGGAGAUUUUUCCGUCAUUUAUUCCUCCCUGUUUCUAGAAGAAGUCACUUCCCAGCUCUUGAUUAAGAUCUUCUCUUCACUUCAGGGCAAAUACAGCAGCGAUUCCUGUAUCAACUUGCGCGAGAUGAACACCUUGUUUGUAAAUGCUCUUGUGGAAGAGUUUAAGAGAGCUGGUGUCGGUGUCUUGCCACGGGCAGAAGAGAAGUGGUUCUUCCCCUCGGUGGACAGCCAGACUGUGGAUCGGAUAGUGGACUCCAUUGUAAGAGAGUUUGGGUUCCAGCUAGCUGCUGACAGAGACAUAGGGAGGGACGUAGAGACUUUGGCUGGGAGGGCCUCUGAGAUCAUCCUGAUGGAAAUUCUGGACUACCAAUUGCCACCGCUGCUGUGCACAAGGCUACCUCAGAGUUUCUACAGAAAUCUGAAAGCAGAACAGAUCAUCCGGAAGAUCGAGCCCUGCAUCUAUUUCCCCAAAACUCCAAAGCCCAAGAGGCACUCCCCUCCCACCUACAUUACUAUCCUGUCUCAGAAGUACUUAGAAAGAGUGAUCAACCGACUUGUGGCCCAGCUCUUCCCUCCCUCAGAGGGCGCCCCACCGAAGGAGGAGAAAAGGGGGCUGUCGGAGGCUGAUUUUGACGAACUCUGCACCCAUAUGAUCCAACAAGUGAUGAAGUCCAUUUCGAAACACAAGAUCUGGGUAGCCAAAAAGGACGACCAGUGCCGUUUACACUCGGAGAAAGAGAUCCAGGGCAUGGUGGAUUCGGUUUAUAGGAUCAUGCUGGAAAAAUCUGGCUCGCCCCUGUCUGUUCAGAAGGAGGUGACGUGCCGAAACAGCGGUCUUAUCGAUAGCUUAACCAGCUUCAUCAUUCAAGAAAUCACUCAGCACCAUCUUCAGACUUUCUUCUCCAAAGACCAACACGCUGUGGGGACCCCAGGUCCUGAAGCUUUGUCUGAGAACAUUGUCCAGACGGUGCUGGGCAGCAUCAUGGAGCCGUCCGUGUCUCGUGCAGAGCUUUUCCCUACCAAGUCCUUAGAGGACAUCGUUUCCAGGGUCUUGUCCAAGAUCUUCGGCAUCUCCGCGGAUCAGAAAGACUCCGGCAAAGGGCAGCGCGAAGCUGAGCUUGCCAAAGUGGCCAAAAGGCUAGCCAGUUCCAUCAAUCUGCAGUUUGGCAGAGCUGCCGUAACGGGAAACCGGAAAGGAGAUGAGCACAGCCUGGGAGCCCCCUUGACGGACGUGAUGGACGAUGUGGUUGACUCCGUGUGCGACGUCAUGUCAAAAGAAAGAGGCGUCGCGCCCGAGGAUGGCCUCUCCUCUGCACGAGAGAAUACCAUAUUUGAAAACAUUAAGCUCCUGGUGGGAAAGCAGAUCACCGAUAACCUUCUCCAUCCCCUGUUUUCCGGAGGCAUAUCCAAGGGUUCAGCUUCAGCCCCACAUCCUGAGGAUGUUCAUGGAAAGGUGGACGAGGACACCUUUCUGGAUACUCAGGAGGAAAAUGAGAGUAGCUCGCCCUUCAGUACCUUCUUGUCCUCGGGAUUCCUGAAAGAUUUCCUGAUGGGACUCCUAUCCAAGAUCUUCCCUUCCACACCACCCAGAGAGGCCGCCAUUCCUUGGGAGGAGAGGCUGCUGUUGUCGGAGGCGGAGAUCGACACGCUUUCGUCCCAGUUGCUCGACGAUGUCCGGAGGAAACUUUUAAAGCACGAGAUCCGAGUGGCUCAAGAAGGAGAGCCGGAGCAGUAUGAAUAUUCCGAGGACGAGGUGCAGCGCAUGACGGACUCCCUAUGCGGCAAGAUCAUCCAGAAAUCGGGCUCACUCGAAGCGGCUCAGAGGGAGGUGGAAAAUAAGAGCCGCGGCCUGAUUGACCGCAUAGCCAGCUUCCUCAUCGCAGAGGUUUUGCAGAAACACUUCCAGCCUUUUGUUUCUGGAGAGGAACCUCUUCCGCCGACGGACAGAGCUGCUGCUGGAGACUCAAUGACGGGGGGACUGGAAAUCUACAGAACGGCAAUCAAGCCCUUGGACCUGAGACAAGCCACCCAGGAGGAAAAGAGAGGUUCACCGGCCUCUUCCUUCCUAAAAGAAAUUGCCUCCCAGUUACUUUCGAAGCUCUCCAGCGCUCUCUCGGACAUGUCCCUCAGCGCGUCUGGGGACCACCUAGGGGAGGCGGCCGUGAGGUUGGCCCAGUCGCUUACGAAAGAGCUCGAGAAAGCUCAGCUCCAUGUCCGGGAAGGCCCCGAAGUGCCGCUAGGCUCCCCUCCUCCAGAGACAAGCCGGAGGUCGCCUUCCAAGAAGGCUGAGAGAGGCUGGCUGCCGGAGGGAAGCGCCAACGACGAGAGAGAGAUGUUGCCUCAGCAGACGGCCGCCUUCAGCUUUGAGGAGGCCCCAGACCAGCUGCUUCAGUCGGCCUGCCCUCCCAGCGUGGCAGAAGCCAUGAGUCUCAUUAAGGAAAGGCUGUCGGUGGAUCUGGAGGACCCAGAAAUGAAGCCUCCAGAGAUCUAUACGACUGUGCUUUCCUACCCAGUGUUGGAGGCCAUUGUCGACAGGCUGCUGUCCCGGAUUUUCCCAUCCUUUUCUAGCAGCUCUCCUGGCUCGGGACAAGGGGAAGGUCCAUUUGAACCCAAACUGAGGAACAAGGUGGCUCAGAUCAAGAAGGACAUCAUGGAAGAGGUCCUGAAACAAGCCAUCUGGACCAGCACUUACGGUAGCCAGGAAGAAGUCGGUAUUUCUGAAGAAGCCGUUGAAAACAUGGUGGAGUCCGUGUACUGUGACGUUCUGCAUGAGGUGUUGUUAAGGCAGCCUUUCCCGGAAGACCGGGAUAACUUGAGCAACUUGUAUGUCACUCAGAUAGCUUGUUUCAUCAUUAACGAAAUGUUUAAGUACCACCUCCAGUCUUGGGCGCCCCAACGCCAGCUGCCUCGCACGGGGGACCUUCCGGAGACCCGCCUGACCGUCUUUCCUUGCAGCGUCCUGGAGAAAAUGCUCCAUCAGCUUCUGGAGAAGAUCUUCCCUACUCCGGACAGUAUCGCCGCUUGUCUCGGAAAGCAGGUGGACUUCUCGGAAGAGGAUUUCCUCGAGAUGGCCGUGAACCUGAAGAACUACAUCAUCGCCGAGAUCUCAGCCCACGAGAUCAAGCUGGAAAACGUCUCAGAGCGAAUUCCAAACAUGGAUCAAGAAACAGAGGAAGACAUUGCCCAUUCGGUUUAUAACCAGAUCCUGCAGAAGUAUCCAUCCUCAAAUGAACUUCAAGACACUCUCUCAGACCCCAGGAACAGUGCUGUCCCCGAAGCUGCCAGUCUGGUCAUAAGAGAGAUUUUGAAUUUCCACCUACACCCGUUUUUAAGUGGCAGCGAUGCUUCCAACAGCGAAUGCCUUCAGUGGCAGGCCGCGAGACAUCCAUUUUCCCGGCGCAUCUACUCCGCCCUGUUUCUGGAGGACAUCGUCGUGGCUUUCUUUUGCAAAAUCUUGUCUUCCCCAAACAUUUUGCCAUAUGCCAAAGACAGCCAUUUAUCCGAGGGCGGGAUGAGAGAUCUGGUUGUCAAACUAGUCCAUGCUUUAGUCAUGGAAUUUAAAAUGCUGGAAGUCAAGGUGGUUCAUCCAGCCGGGGAAGAGUCGUCUUUUCCCCAGGCCCCUGUCGACGAUGUGAUCCAGACGAGCAACGCCAUUUACGAGAAGUUGCUGCAACAGUGCGGGUCCGAGCUUGAGGUUUUUAAGGCUUUCCAAAACAACAGCAGCAUGCUAGCAGAAAAACUUGCCCUGUUAAUGAUCAGAGAAAUCUCAGGAUACCAGCUGAUGCCCUUGUUCACUGGGGAUACCUCCACUUACUUGUUCUCUUUCCUGGAAGCAGAGACGAUUGUGGACAGAGUGGAAACCAUCCUCCCAGAACCUCCUUCCUCUGGCUCCGUGUUUGGAGAAAUGUUUGGCAAGAUCCUGCACAGAAUAUUUCCGUCGUGGACCUCCGGUGGCUCCGCGGAUUCCCACGACCCAACCACGGGCACAGGGGUGAAAAGAGGUCUUCCCAGGAUGCUGAUGAAGGAAGAAGAAGGUGCUCCCACAGGCAAAAGCUUCCAAAGCUUUGUCGGAAACCUUUACAAAACUGUCUGCGAAAGGUCUCGGUCCCCAGACAGGAAGCAUGGAAGCACGACCACAGAAGAUCAUCCACCUCUGAAAUUGCCUUCUCCUCCACGCCAGUCUGAUCUUUCUUCCACUCUUACUGCAAAAACCACCGGCUGGACAAUCCAUCACGUCAAACUGGGGGGUGGAGAGCCCCAGCUGACGCAGAUUGAGGAUAGUGGAGGCAUUUAUUCAUCCACCUUCUUGCAGGAUGUCUUUAGCGGCCUCAUAAGCAAGUUGCUUUCAUCGACUCCCAGUGUUUCUGGGCAUGAGAAAAAGGAAGCUGAGGCAGAGCCCCCCGUCAAGACGUUGGUUGAGUCCCUAUUAAAAGAGUUUGCAAAGUCUCCGGUGAAAGUCCUGCAGGUCCCAGACGGGGGGCCGCCUCCCCUAGGAGUGGAGAAAAUGGAAGUGGCUAAGAUCAUCCAUGCUUCUUUGUGCGGCAUCUUGCAAGACCAGGGUUCCGGAGGCCUGAUCGGUACUGACCAGGAAAGCCAGCGGCUUUUAGUGGAGAGGUUGACAAGUGCCCUCAAGAAAGAAAUUCUGGGGUACCGGAUUCAGGAGAUGCCAGCGAAGACCUCUCAGGUCCCGCUCUGCAAGCCUUUUGAAUUCGGAGAGAUGGCCCAAAAGGUGUUGCGGGAGAUGAAGAAAAGCAGUCCCUCACCCUUGGUCUCUAGGCCAGGCCCGCUCCUCGUGUCCCACAGGUUCAUUCAUGAGGUUCUCGCUUUCCUUUUGUCCAAAAUUCUCCCUCUUCCCACAGCGGCCUCGACCUCUGCGGACAUAGAAGAUCAGUGUGCCGAGUUUGAUUUUGUUCACAUGAAGCUCCUGAGCAAAGUGAUGUCCGAGCUCUCUAAGGACCAAAACACAGAGGUGCAGUACCUAGAUCGGGUGCAACCCAACCGUGUGGUGAGCCAGACGGUGGCCAACUCCAUCUAUAACCACCUUCUGCCGGAAUUUGGAAGUCCAUCGGCGGUGGAGAAGUGCAUCAAAGCUGGCUGCACCAUCCUUCUGGAGAGGAUCGCCGAGUUUGUCCUGCAGGAGGUUUCUGGGAAUAAGAUGCAGGAAUACUUUUUGGAAGAGCAGAAUCGGCAGCGAGAGGCGGUGGAAGCUGAGCGAGAGCUUGAGGAGCGGUACGAAGAAGACCCCAAGCCGGUGAAAGCGAAGACUCAAUUGCGGUCCCACCUCAAGGGGUUAUCGAUCAUCAUCUUAGAGGAAGUUGCCGCCAGACUCCUCUCGAAAAUCUUCUGUACCUUUCCCAUGGACAACGUGGAUGAACGAGACCUGGAUUCCGUGAGGGAAGUGGCAAGGAGAAUUAUUAACUCUCUGCAAGGGCUCAUUUCCAAGAACAAGCUGAAAGUGCGACAGCCAGACGACAUGGAAGACCUGGACUCAGAGGAUAGCCAGACAGUUGGGGAGGUGGUUGAUUCUGUUUACACAGACAUCCUCCAGCAUUCUAGCUCGGAAACCUCUCUGUACGAAGACUUGACCAACGAGAACCAGGACUUUGCCAACCGGGUCGCUUGUUUCAUGGUGAGCGAGAUUUCCAAGCGGGACUUUCAGUCCGGUUCUGAGUCUGAGGAGGAGUCUCCAAGUCCCAGCAGGGCCAUAAAGCUGGAAUCUGACAAGAUUAUCCAGAAGUUCCUUGGAGACAUGGAGGCGGAGAAAGCCAAGAAGAAGUCCUCGGGUGUACAAACCCCAGUGGUGCCCGUGGUUUUCCUGGAGGAGAUCCUCAGCCGAUUCCUGACCAGUGUCUUCCUUGCACAGUAUGACUUGGGAAUUCACGAGAAGAGCUUGUCUAAAACGGACGUGAAUGAAAUUGUCGGGCUCCUAAAGACCUCUGUGGAGAAAGAAAUGUCCAAGAACAAGAUUGGCCUCGUGGCUUCUGAAGAUCAGCCCACGCUGGACCCACAGUUGGAAGAGAAGGUCAACCAAGUGGUCCACUCGGUCAUUAGCAAUGUCAUGGAGAAAUCCGGCUCCCAGCAGGAACUCUACAACGACAUGACCACCAACCAAGUGAUCUUCCCGGAACAAGUGGCCAGCAUCAUCAUCAACGAGAUCUCCAGCUGCAACAUGACAAACCCCGUCAACGAAAACACACAGAACGAGACCCUCAGCGCGCUGGAACUGGACCGCAUCGUCAGCAAGGUUAUCGCUCGGGUCAGCUGCCACAUGGAACCCGACGAAGACAACUCUCUUCUGGAGCUGACGGGCCUGUCCUCCACGCAAGCCGAGUCCAUCCCUGAACCAGAUAACCUGUUGGAGUUGGACGACCUUCCGGUGAAGAUCGUCCCCCACCUUGGGGACAAGCCCUUGAAGAUCGACCCGAACCUCGUUUCAGAUCACUUAGCGGUGCUUUCCAUCAAAACGGAGCCUCUGAAUAAGCUGGAGAGGAUGUGCAUCUCUAAGACCGGCAUGAGCCUGAUGGAAUUACGGAGGGUCUCUGCCUCGGGCAAGAGCGUCUGUGCCAAUGUGGCCGUGGCGGAUGCCAACAAGAAGAAAGAACGGCGCCCUUCCUUGGACAUGGCUGGGCGCCUCGGCGUGAAGCCAAGGGAGGCCGUCUGCAGGAACUCCUUCCAAAGCCUGGUGAAGCCGGACAUCCGGAGGGUGGAGCUCCUGAAGGAUGUGGAGAGCAAGCAGGACCUCAUUCUGCGCCUGGUGGUGCACGACAUCAAUGAGGACCAGCACCGCCGAAGCCCGUCCAUGGAGGACAGUGAGACGGACGAAGAGGAGCAGGUGCUGACGGAGCACCGCUCUUUCUUCUUCCCACCGACGGCACCCCCAACGGACAGCACUGCGUCUGUGUACAGUCCAAGUGAGUAUUCCAGAGGGUCCAGCCUCACCCAGAAAAAGAGCAUGGCCCCGGGCAGAGGCUUCCCAUCCAUCACUAUCUCCGGUGCGAGCAGCGACCGCAGCGACCGGAAAGAAAGCUCCAUCUCCAGCACUCUGCCGCACAUUUCCAUUACGACCCAGUCCUUCGUGAGCCAAAUACCAGAGGUGGACGAAGAGGUCUCCGUGUCCAGCACCCCCCACCCGGACCCCAUCAAGAGCCCUCCUGUCAAGGCCUCCGAUGCCAGCAUUCAGACGGAGGCUUUAGACAGCAAUAGCCAGAGGAACGAGACGUCCAUGGAAAAAGUAGUGGUUGGCAUGCAUCUGUCCCGGGACACAGAGGAGACAUCUGGACAUUUAGAGAUCACGUCUGUCUAUCAGGACAAAAAAAUCCAGGAUUCGGUCUCGGAACAGCCCUCAGAGGUGGAAGACGGGAAGGUCAUCAAGGUCACCAGCUCAGAUGCCGUGGUGCCCGAGCGCCGGCGCUCGUCGGUCCUCAGGAGAGUCUCCAACACCUGGUCCAAAGUCUUCUCCCGCACCUCCGUCGUGGGCGAAGACAAAUCUGCCCCUGGAGAUCAUCCCUGAGUGCAGGAUCCCUUCUUUAUAUAGCU